UUCUUAGAAAACAAGAAUUCUUCCAAGUCUUUCCUGGUGUUGCUGAAAGAAUGGACGAGGAUGAUCAUUUAGACCUGUUAGCUUCUCUCUUAGUAGAGAAUGAAGCAGAAGAUUCUGCAGGGAAUGAAAGAGCAGCUGAAGAUCAAGAUGAGUAUGAUUUACUCUUUGAGGCAGAAGAUGAUGAGUCCUACACUGAGGAGGUGGAAGCAGAAGAGGCAGGGUCCGCUUGUAACCAGGAAAAUGUGGUAGAGUUGUUUGGUGAUGUGGCUGACCUGUCGGAGGACGAGGAGAAAAAGGAAAAUGUUCAGAAGGUGUCCCAUCCUGUAGCUCUUGAUCAAGGGAAAGAACAUUCCAAUGAAGAUCUUCAAGAGGAGUUGAGAAAAUUGCAAGAGCAGAUGAAAAAAUUACAGGAACAGUUACGUAUGACAGUGAUAGGAAAGCCAGCUGAUUCUGAUCCUUGCAAGAAAACAUCGGGUAAAUCAACUGCUGCUGUUAUUAAGGAAAGGACUCUUUCAAAAGUUCAAGAAUGUCCAUCUUUUUCUGCCCAGCUGAACUGUCCAGUUUUACCGUUGUCCAAAAGUCAUUGCCCGAAGCCCAAACCUACCAUUGCAG